ACAUGAGCGCAAUAGCCAAUACGGCGGCAGUGGUGGGUGGCGCCCUGACGGCGGCCACCAGUAACAGUUGGUUCAUACCCACCCUACUAGCAGCAAUUGCCUAUUUUCAAUAUGAAGAAAUUAUGGAUCCCGAGUCGAAACCCAUUGAUACCGCAGGAGAUGAAAUCAGAGAUCACUACGAUUUUAUUGUAAUAGGAGCAGGAUCGGCGGGGGCGGUGGUGGCAAAUCGUUUAACGGAAGUGGAAAAUUGGAAUGUUCUGUUGCUGGAGGCAGGUGGCGAUGAAACGGAAAUAUCGGAUGUACCACUAAUGGCGGGAUAUUUGCAGUUGAGUAAAAUGGAUUGGAAAUAUAAGACAGAGCCAUCGGGAACCACUUGUUUGGCCAUGAACGGAGGUCGCUGUAACUGGCCCAGAGGUAAAGUCUUGGGUGGUUCCAGUGUUUUGAAUUAUAUGUUAUACCUUCGAGGCAGCAAACAUGACUACGAUGCCUGGGAGGCCUUGGGCAACCCCGGCUGGAGCUAUCGUGAUGCUUUGUAUUAUUUCAAAAAAUCAGAGGACAAUACCAAUCCCUAUUUGGCCAGUACCCCUUAUCAUUCGACGGGUGGAUAUCUAACGGUGGGAGAGGCUCCCUAUCACACCCCAUUGGCGGCAAGUUUUGUUGAGGCCGGCGUUGAAAUGGGCUAUGAAAAUCGCGAUUUGAAUGGUGAAAAGCAGGCUGGCUUUAUGAUUGCCCAGGGUACUACGAGGCGUGGCAGUCGUUGCAGUACCGCCAAGGCUUUCUUGAGACCGGCACGGCUCAGGCCCAAUUUACACAUUUCCAUGAAUUCUCAUGUCACCAGGAUUAUGAUUGAUCCUGUCACUAAGUUGGCAUUUGGUGUGGAAUUUGUCAAGGACCAGAAGCUGUAUCAUGUGCGAGCCAAGAAAGAGGUAAUUUUGUCCGGAGGUUCCGUCAACUCUCCCCAGCUGUUGAUGCUGUCGGGUAUUGGACCUCGCAAGGAAUUGACCAAACAUCGCAUCCCUGUCAUCAAGGAGCUGAAUGUGGGAGAAAAUAUGCAGGACCAUAUCGGAUUGGGUGGUCUGACCUUCAUGGUCAACCAACCGGUGUCGAUUGUGGAAAAUCGUUUCCAUUCCAUGUCCACGGUGCUGCAAUAUGCCGUCUUUGGUCAGGGUCCCCUCACGAUUUUGGGUGGUGUUGAGGGUCUGGCCUUUGUCAAUACAAAGUACGCCAAUGCCACCAUGGAUUGGCCGGAUAUUGAAUUCCAUUUUGUCUCAGGGUCAACAAAUUCCGAUGGUGGUAAUCAGCUGCGAAAGGCCCAUGGCCUUACGGAUGCCUUCUAUCGUGCGGUGUUUGAAAAGAUCAACAAUCAUGAUGUCUGGAGCAUUAUACCUAUGUUACUUCGGCCUCGUAGUAAGGGUUCGAUAAAACUGCGUUCGGGCAAUCCCUUCGACUAUCCUUACAUUAUACCCAAUUACCUGACCGAUGAUUUUGAUACAAAAACUUUAAUAGAAGGUGUGAAGAUUGCAGUGGCCCUAUCACGGACCCAGGCGAUGCAGAGAUUUGGUUCUAGGCUUUCAGCCAUAAAAUGGCCGGGAUGCCAACAUUUGCAAAUGUUUACCGAUCCCUAUUGGGAAUGUAUGAUCCGUCAUUACACUGUGACAAUUUAUCAUCCGGUUGGUACCUGUAAAAUGGGUCCCUAUUGGGACCCCGAGGCCGUUGUGGAUCCACAACUGAGGGUCUAUGGUAUUCGUGGUCUACGUGUCAUCGAUGCCAGUAUAAUGCCGAAUUUGGUUAGUGCCAACACAAAUGCUCCCGUCAUUAUGAUUGCCGAAAAGGGUUCGGAUAUGAUUAAGGAAUUUUGGAUUAAAAAUACGGUGGUGUAG